CACAGACGGCAGGCGCCCAUGGGCAAAUGUGAUAGCUUAAUGGUGAAUACGUGCGGGCGGGUUUCGUGGCUGAGCUUGUGUUUAGGUACAUAAUGGUGGUAUGUUUUGAUGUGAUUCGAGUGCACUAAGUUGUGUUUUUUUUUCUUAAAGCAUUGCAGAUCCAGUUUUAACCGCACUGCAAAAGUAUUAGCUCACAAUGCGGAUGAGUCUGUCAUUGCAGUCACAGUACCUAUGCAAGAUAGCUUUGCUCUUAACGUUAUGCUACAGAGCUGGUUGAGAUGGACCACCAUGCAAACUAAUGUAGGCUAGUACAAGCUUAAUGGGUUUAACGCUGCUAAAGCAUCUGAUAAAAUGGAAAAUGCAUGAUAUGAUGAAUUGCGUCCUACAAAUUGUUGUCCAAAUUAAGGUUGCCCUCCACUCUCAUUCCUCUACACUUUGAUUAAUGGGGACCUAAGAACCGCCAUUGGUUUUCUUGAUUGAAACUUAAAUUCUGCUCCUGAGAAAAUCUGGAAAGUAAACAUCAUUUGCCAUGCGUAUCAGUUUCUGCCAGGGCCUGUUAACUGGUGCCAUCAUCCUCAACCUACUCAUUCUGUACUAUGUGUCCCGGGCCCAGCAGCAAAUGAUGGAAAAGAGGAAGGAGCUUGGCAGGGGUUCGAGGAGGGCUGCCCCACCAGCCUCCGGUCUUGGGGGAGGCCUUGGGAUAUUUGUAGGUGCUGGAGGUGAGCCCGGAGUGGUUGGAGUGGAGGGACACAGUCGUAGCCCACGUGUGACUGUUCUUCUUCGGGAGUUUGAAAACUUUGAGAAUUAUGUUGGGGAUGUGGCUAGUUCCUUCCUCCAUCAGAGACCUGAGCUUCCUUUCCUGGCUGUAGCUGACACACCCCCAUAUCCUCCCCUGGUGCUUCCAGAUGGGGCUCGGCAUCUAGUGCUCUCCCCAAGCCCGGAUCAGCCACCCCAAGCUCACAGGCCAGAGUUCCAUGUCCAGACAGAGUUUGUGCUGCUGGUGCCUGAUGGGGUGGAGCUGGAGCAACCUCGGGCUAUCGAGAGGCUGAUCAGGGAGUUGGAAGGUGAGGGCGGGGGGCCUGUGAGGCUCGUAGCUGCACCUGUGCUGGCGCGAUCUGCUGUGCAGUGUCUCCACCUGCGAGUGAACCUCAGAGAGUGGACAGCCACAUACUCUCUGGCUGCGUCUGGGAGCAGUGGGAGUGUGUGUACAGCUUUACAAGGAGAUGCAGUUGUCCUCAUUCGCACUGAGGAUCUGUUCAACCUCUCUGUCCCUCUGGGGCGGCCUCUCUUCUCCUCGCUUUUUAUCCAGACAGCCCUGAGGGGCUGGAAGGUUAAGCUGCUGGAGAGCCCCUGUUUCUCUGCAAAUCACCGGCCCCUCUUCAGCUCCGCCCACAAUCAGUGGAAGGCUGACACUCGCGUAAAGGAGGCAUCUGCGAAGCUAAUGAAGAGCUUUGGUUUGAAGCGUCUCCUGCUGCCUGAUGGGAAAGAACAGUGGUAUGGCUGCAGCAAAGAAACACCUCGCUGCUUUGGCACUGUUCAGGAUGACACCCCAGACUACCUUUAUCUGGAUCGCUGGACACCUCCCUGUUGUCUGCGAGCACUCAGAGAAACCACCAAGUAUGUUAUCAAUAUCCUGGAAAGCUCAGGUGUGCGCUACUGGCUAGAGGGGGGGACUUUGCUAGGUGCCGUCCGCCAUCAGGACAUCAUCCCAUGGGAUUAUGACGUGGACCUGGGCAUCUACCUGGAGGAUGUACCCAACUGUGAUCACUUGAAGAACCUGGAUUCAGGUUCCCUUGUGGAUGCUAAUGGCUAUGUCUGGGAACGUGCAGUGGAAGGAGACUUCUACAGAGUCCAGUACAGCGAGGCUAACCACCUGCAUGUUGACUUGUGGCCGUUCUAUCCACGUAACGGUGUCAUGACCAAAGACACCUGGACAGAGCACAAACAAGAUGUGGAGUUCCCGGAGCACUUCCUGCAGCCACUGGUACCCAUGGCUUUUGCUGGCAUCACCGCCUACAGCCCCAACAACCACCGAGCAUUCCUGGAGCUCAAGUUUGGAGAGGGGGUGAUUGAGAACCCCCAGUACCCCAACCCUGCAAAAAAGAGGCUGGACAGAAGCAAAUUAUGAGUGAUAAUAGAGACUGUUUGUUUACUUAACAACACAGGAAGUCUUGCCUCAACGUUUUGUUUGUUUGUUUGUUUUUUUUGCUGCUGAAAAACAGCCUAGAAGUUGAUGCCUGUAAACUAAUAUGGUGCCAAAACAACUGCACAACAGUAUAAUCACAUGCCUGGUCAAUUUUACUUUCUUCCUGUUGUCAGUAUUUGGAUGUAAAGUCUAAUGUCAGACUCUUUUUAUUCUUUGUGAGUGGUGACAGUUUUGGUGCAUUGACAUCAGGCAAACCUUUGAGAGAGUGUUUUUACUACAUGUCGUGCGUGUUCUACAGUAUAAAUAUGACUGUAAAGAUGAUAAAUACUUUGAAAUGAUACAGAUAUUGGUUUAUUGUUAAAGUUACAGUGUACAUUAUCUUUAUUUAAGGUACUGAACAGAUGUUUAUACAUUUCUCGACUGUGGUGCAUUGUUUUGCACAUUUUAUGAAUGAAUGUUAUGUAUAUUGAGGCCAUUUGGUACCCAACAAUUGUAGUGUGGUGGAAUAAAAUACACUGUUGUUUAUCUUAUUACUGUUCUCAUAAGGAGAGGAUGUAAUGUGUCUGUCAGGCAUUAAUAUUCAUUUAAAAACUUUAAAUGUUGACUGAAUAUGUGAAUGAAUAUAAACCUUUUGCUCAGCUAUGUGUGUUACUACUGGGCACCCAUUAUGUACUGACUGAAAUAGAAUUUCAGUUCAGCAGAUAAUUCAAAGAAAGCAUUUUAGAAGAGGCACUACACAUUAAACAACACACCAGCUCCUCUGUAGUGUUGUUACUUGAGUGUAUAAUGGUGUCACUACAUUUCAUGUACUGCUAAAAUAAAUGAAU